CGCCACUGAACUCCAGUUUCCUAAAGAAUUUGAAAAAGCCGAGACGCUGCUAAUCUCUGAAGUACACAUGCUGCUGGAGCACCGUAAGCAGACCAAUGAAAAUGCCGAGGAAGAGCAGGAAUUAAAUGAGUUGUGUGGUGCAGCAUAAAGAAGGUCAAGACAGUUGGCCAGUUGGCUCACACAUACCCUUCAUUGAAAGGAGCAUGGAACCAUUAGCAAAAAGAACUUCUAGUGGUUUAGAUGGUGCCAUUAGUUUGUUGCAGCAACGCUUGGGGUCAAAGAAUGCAGUAUCUGUCUUUUUAAUCCCACCCAACCCAGUUGAGAAUAAUAAUUGCACCAAAGUCAAGACUUCACAAGGCAUCAUAAGAACCAAGGAAAGUAAGAGAUCAGAUAGCACUGAUUCUGCUUCAGAAGAUUCAAAGGACUUUGUUCACAUAUGUGGUGAAGUCAUUACUAUAAAAGAUAAUUUACAAGCAAGCUCAAGUGUAAUAAAGGGUAAUCGUCAAAACUUAUCUGAGUCUUUAGAUAAAACUGCACUCAACAGAGCUCAUGAUACAGAGUGUGUAACAGAGACAAAAGGCCCAUGUAGAAGUUUGGCAGAUACUCCCCUAGACUCCACGAUGACGUCAGAGGCUGAUGAAUCAGACACCAAGGACAAGCCACAUUCAUCUACCUUUUCUACCUGUCCAAAUAAGUUCAUCUUAGAUAGCAAAGCAGAUGACUCCUGCUUCAAGAAUUCAUCAGUGUCAGUACAUAAAAUCUCUCUGGAAGACAAUAGUGAUUUAGUGUCAAAAAUCACUGAAAAUAAUCCCUCAGAGGAAAAUUGUAUCAGCAAUUCUUCUCCUCAAAAUGAAAGUUCUAAAGCAGUUCACUCCAAUAGCCCCCAACAUAUGGAAGUUAAUGAAGGUUCACUACGCAAUCACAGUCAACGUAAGUUUACUUCAGACAUUGCAUCAUCUCAAAAUUCCUCUUGUAAGGGAGUAGAAAAUACCACAAGUGAACCAAUGUUAUUGGAAAAACAAACUUGUGACAUAACUAAGAAAGCAGAGGAAUGCUCAGGAUCUUCUAUGUAUAAGGUACCAAAAAAGGGUCUUCCUAAAAGAGUCUCACACAAAUAUUACUUAAGAACACAAAGGGACCUUCCUAAACGGCUCUCACCCAUGGCACCAACAAAUGUUAAUAUGAAGGUUGUCACAGUACCAAAGAGAAAUACCUGUGCAAUAAAAAUCACUUUUCCACCACUUCCUGUUAAUAGAGAGAAUAGCUAUAUCGGUGUGUUUUUUGAAAUGGCAAGAGUUCUUGGAUGUGAGUUUAAUAUAGAGGGGAGACAGACAAACAUGGGCAAAAAAAAACAGUUUGUCAAUCCUCAUCAGACAAGUCAAUUGCCUAUUCAACAUACACCACUACCCAUUCAACACAUGGAAGAGACUCAAAAGCAUAUUUCUUCUCAUUUUAAUCAACAGUACCAAACACAUUCAGAUAUAAAUGGAUCAUUAUCACCAACUCUUACCAAGCUUAUGAAAAAUCCUUCCACAUGUGGAAAUGCUUUUAAAGAGUUGAAGGCACUGCUACAUUCUAAGGGUACUCACCUUUCACACAGUCCAGCUAAUGAUAGGGUAUGUAAUGAGGAAUAUCCUUUGCCUGUGAAUCCACAGGUUAUUUUGAAAUGUCCAUCCUUUCCCCAGCAAAGUUUACAGAGUUUAAGUAAUCAGAAGAGCAAUAUAUCGAGCAUAAAUGAUGAAAAGAGAGAGUCACAGACAUCUGUUAAUGGAGAUGAAUUCAAGAUUUCACACUCUCUUUUCUCUUGAGUUACUGAGUUAGAAUACAGCAGCAAAUGAUGUACAGUACAACAUAACACCCAAAUGGAUACACUGUACAAUACGUUAAACCUACGAGGGAAAUUAAAAUUUGUACACCUCUAAACUCCAUUUGUAGUUAUUAUUAUUAUUUUUAUUAUUAUUAUUAUUAUUAUUGUUUCAGUUACUGUAUUAUUAUUAUUAGAUAGAUAGAAGGGACAGAUAGAAAGAUGCAUGGGUAGAUACAUUCAGGAGCCAGUGCCUGCCCAGUACUUGCCAACAGUGCAUAGCAGAGGUGUAAAGUUACAGUGUGGUUGGAUAGAAAGAUAAAUAGUAAGUUGAUUUAACUAAAAAUAGACAAAGGAAGGUGUUAAGAGGCACAAUUAAAUGAAUAAUGAUAACUAAUGAAGUUGUAAGGCAUUUGUAUUAAAUAUAUCUACCUAUCUAUUUAUAUCUAGACAGUAUAUCAACCUACCCUAUCUAUAUCUGUACAUUAUAUUAUCUCUCUCCCUCCAUCCAUCUGUCUGUCUGUCUGUUUACUCAUCUUUCUAUCCAUCUUUUGAUAUGUCACAUAUAAAACUACUGUUUCUGGAAUGUUAUGUACAUCAAGAUAUUGUAGAGAAAAUGGUCAGUUCUACAGAUUGUAACCCACCUUUAAGAUUUUGACAAAAAGUAUUCAUAGUUAAGACUCAUUAUCACCAAAGUGCAGUACGUAGAUGACUUGAGUGCAAAUUUUACUACAACACAUUAAUCACUUUAUUCAUCCUUGAAGCCAAUAGCAGUUUAUAAAAAAAUAAUAAAGUCAUUAGUAUGGAGAAAUAUCCACUUGGGAUGACAAGUGUCUAUUCAUGGUCAUCAUUGUCGAAUUUGUUUGGUCAUUUGUCAGUUUAACUGGUAAAUUGACGAUUUAAAUAUUGUGUUGAAAGUUCCUCUUAAUUUCAAAUAGAACUAUUCUAUGUUGUUUCAGCCAUUAAAGCUUGCUUCAACUUGAGAAAUGCCGAAAACAAAACAAAAUUUGUUAACAAUUCCCCGACCUGGUGAUUUUUAUUGAAAAAAAAAAAAGAUUAGGUGAAAA